CUGGUUCACCUCUCAGACUGGAGAAGAUGAGUUAUUUGGAGGAAGAGGAGGACAGAUCAGAGUCUCCAGGAUCCAGCUGUCUGUCUGUGAAGAGUGACUUUUCCAAAGAGGAACCUCUAAACGUCAGUAAUGAACCUGGACCUUCAGACGCAAAAGAGAGGAAGAGGAGGAGUCGUGUUUCUGUGGAGGAGCAGCCGUCCUGUGCUUUGUGUCGGGACGUCCUGAAGGAUCCGGUCUCUACCAGCUGUGGACACUGGUUCUGCAGAUGGUGCAUCACCUCAUACUGGGACCAGUCUGCUUCAUCAGGAGACUCCUCCUGUCCCCAGUGUGGAGAACGAUCCAGAACAAGACCUGGACUGCAGACAGCCAGCCAGACCAGCACUGUACAAACAGAUAGUGGUCUGCAGGAGGUUUUAGAUGAACAUAUGAUCAGUCUGAGGAGGAGAUGUGAACGUGUGACUGAAGGAAAUGAUGAAACAGGAAGUGGAACCCUCCUCAACAGGAUCUACACUGAGCUCUACAUCACAGAGGGACCGAGUGAAGAGGUUAAUACCCAACAUGAGGUGUGGAAGCUUGAGACAGCUUCCAAGAUGAAGCCCCUCCAUGACUCUCCAAUCAAGUGCCACGACAUCUUUAAAGCCUUACCCGGCCAACAGGGACACAUCAGAGCCGUUCUGACGAACGGCGUCGCCGGCGUUGGAAAAACCUUCUCGGUGCAGAAGUUCGCUCUGGACUGGGCAGAGGGCUUGGAAAACCAAGACGUCAGUCUGCUGAUUCUGCUUUCGUUCAGGGAGCUGAACUUGAUCAGAGAUGAGCGGUACAGUCUUCUCCAGCUGCUCCAUGUUUUCCAUCCAACAUUACAGAAGGUCACAGCAGAGAAGCUCGCUGUCUGGAAACUUCUGUUCAUCUUUGACGGCCUGGAUGAAAGCAGACUUUCACUGGAUUUCCACAACAAUGAGGUCGUGUCUGAUGUCACACAGAAGUCAUCAGUCAACGUGCUGCUGACAAACCUCAUCGAGGGGAAUCUGCUUCCCUCGGCUCUCGUCUGGAUCACUUCUCGACCUGCAGCAGCCAAUCAGAUCCCUCCUUCAUGUGUUGGCAGGGUAACAGAAGUACGAGGCUUCACUGACGCCCAGAAGGAGGAGUACUUCAGGAGGAGAGUCAGUGAUGAAGAGCUGUCCAGCAGAAUCAUCUCACACAUCAAGACAUCCAGGAGCCUCCACAUCAUGUGUCUAAUCCCAGUCUUCUGCUGGAUCACUGCUACAGUUCUGGAGCACAUGUUGACUACAGACCAGAGAGGAGAGCUGCCCAAGACCCUGACUGACCUGUACUCACACUUCCUGCUGGUUCAGACAAAGAGGAAGAAGCAGAAGUACGAUGAGGGACAUGAGACGAGUCCACAGGAGCUGAUGGAGGCUGAUAGAAAGGUUCUUCUGAAGCUGGGGAGGCUGGAGGAAGGAAACAUCAUGUUCUACCAGGAAGACCUGGAGCAGUGUGGUCUGGAUGUCUCAGAGGCUUUGGUGUACUCAGGAGUUUGUACAGAGAUCUUCGGGACUUCGAGAUUUUUCGGGAUUUGUCUGAGUACAUUUCAGUUUUUUCUGUUCUCUAACAAAUUAAACACUGUUUAAGGUUCAUCAAACUGUUUUAUCUUUCAGAAAUGAAAAAUGGAGUUUAUGCAGAGAUCUUUUGAUCAUUAAGUUCAGAUAUAGGGAUUCGAGACUUAAAAAGAAUGUGGGACAGGGGCGUAAAGUGGGGGCGCCAAUGGCCCCUUGGACCCACUACUACCGACACCCAUGCAUCAAACUCACAGUUCCUCUGGUUCUGCUGCUCAUUUGAACAUGUCAAAAGGUGCAGCACUCUUCAACAAACAACUAUUGCACCAACUUAAAGUGUAACUAAACCCCUAAAUUCUGCUAGCUCCUUCCCUCCCGGGGACGGGAUGCGAUCCGCAUUAACUUAUACCCUUUAAACUCGAGCUAGAACCUUUUCCAGAAUACAGUUGGUGCUGCAGUGAAGAGCUGACGUGAAUUUGGUGGUUCUGGGUGUAUGCCUAAAGACCUGCACAAAGGUCAAGAGGUCGCCAAUGUUUUUUUAUUAUUAAUUUUAUUAUUUAAAAUUCAUAUUUUCUCAUAGAAACAUCCCAGAGACCCCAGAUUUUACACAUACAGUGUGGGCGGGGCCUAGAACAAGCCCACACGACCAAAUUCCCUCUGCGGCAUCUAGAGAAAAAAAGUCUGGUAUAUUUGAACAAUCAAGGGAGGACGGGGUGAGACAUGACGAAACUUAGACCCUCUGCGAAAGUUGGGAAGGUUGGAGAGAUUUUUUUCUAAACGCGCCAGAGCUCUGAUUUUUUUAGUAUGUUGUUGCCGGGCCCGAGUGGGCCACGGCCAUCUUUGUCCGGCCCCUCUAACAUGUAGCGUAGCUUCGUGAGAUGCGUGAUGCUUCUCAUACAUUUGAAUGGGAAGUUUCGAAAGGACAAAUGAAUGGCAGGUUAUACCCAAAUCUCAACCCGAAACUAAAAAUGUCCCCAUCUGUCAAUACAUAUUUCCAUAUGAACAAUAAUAUUCAACAAUGUUCCAGAUUUCACCGGUUUCCCAAACGUACAAACAAAUAUCGGUGACCAAAAGUCAGAGUAAAUUACACGAAAGCGCCCCACCUUGACACGCUGACGCCUUGUGUUCUUCUUGACAACAGGUCUAACUGUUGCUCUGUUUUCAUGUCAGCAUUAAUUAUUUGAAGCCACAGACAUUUAGAUUGCAACAAAAACCAAAUAAAUAGUCUGCAGCAGAAACAUGUUUGUCUUACAGGACGGGUUCAUAAGUCAAUCUCAGUACAACACUCACGUGUCCAUCUGUACCUUCAAAGAGUUCUGGUGUCUGUAAUCGUUCCUUCUGUCCAUACUGUCUGUGAAGCAGUCCUCUUAUAACCUGACUCCAGUGUUUCGAGAUGGAGGACAAAGUCCACCAUCUUGUUCUGUGUAAAACUGACUUCUAAAGUUUAGCUGAAACUAAUAUGAGGCUUCAGCAGUUCCACAUAUCAAGUCAGUGUUUAGUGUUUGACAGUGUUUCCUUGUUGAGCUGCAGUUUAGUUUAGGUUCAGUGGAUGUUUGUGUCACAGGGGUUGUUCCUGACACUGAGUGACUGGUGUUAGUGUUCAUCAGAGCGACGGCCUGCGGGUAGAAACUGUUCUGGUGUCUGGUUGUUUUGCUGUAGCGCCUCCCAGAGGGGAGAAGGUGGAACAGGUUGUGACGGGUCUGCAGUGAUGUUUCCUGACUCUGGACGUGUAUAAGUCCUGAAUGGAGGGCAGGUCGGCACCGAUGAUCUUCUCUGCAGUCCUAACUGUCCGUUAGUCUGUUCCUGUCCUGUUUGGUGGCCGAUCCAAACCAGGCAGUGAUGGAUGUGCAAAGGACAGACGGGAUUAUUGCAGAGUAGAACUGGAGACAUGUCAGUCUUCUGCAGACAUCAUCCAAAUUCAAAUUUGUAUGAUGUCUGCAGAAGGCUGACAUGAUGAUGAUCCACAAUAACACAAUGACACAGUCACUCUACUCAUUUUAGGGAGAAGCUCAUUGAUUAGGACAGAGUGAUGUUGAGCUACACAUUUCAAACCUGAACACAUCUGAUUGGAUUAUAAAUUGAUUUUUAUUUACAUCAUUUAUUCUUUUAUCCAGAUUGAGGCUCUGCAGUUUGUCAGAGAUCAGCUGUGCUUCUCUGGCCUCAGCUCUGAAGUCCAACCCCUCCCAUCUGAGAGAUCUGGACCUGAGUAAUAACAAGCUGCAGGAUUCAGGAGUGAAGCUGCUGUCUGCUGGACUGGAGAGUCCACACUGUAGACUGGAGACUCUGAGGUCAGUAGGGGGUCCGACUCAGUCCAUGCUGGUUCAGCAGUACUGUACUUAACACAGGGAGUUUAAUGCGUUACUCCCAUGAGGUAUCCUUCCACUGUGUGAGCUCCCCAAACAAGUUGUUAGUGCAGCAACGAGGAUUAAAACCCUCACAGCCAACUGUACAGUGGUACCUCUACUGGGAAUGGAGGUACCUCUACUGGGAAUGGAGGUACCUCUACUGGGAAUGGAGGUACCUCUACUGGGAAUGGAGGUACCUCUACUGGGAAUGGAGCCUUGGGUUUCUGCGGCGUUGGACGAGAACUGUACCACUGCCUAAGACUAGCCUAGCCUAGCACAACAAAUCAGUGAUUUUACCCAUUGAGUGCAGUUUGUCCUUAUGUUUCGUCUUGUGUUUCUUUUCCUCUCUGCAUUCUUUCAUUCUUCCAGCAACAUUAAAAUGCAAGCUGACAAUGUAAAGCAACAUUUUACAGUCAGGUGCAACUUUUUCUCAAACAAACAGGAUUUUACAGUCGAGUGAAAAAGGUUGUUUUGUGUCCUUUGAUGAGUUUUGAACUAGACUGACUAGUUAUUUCCUCUGAUGCAGACACAUGAGUGUCUGCAGUCACUUGUAAUCUUUGUGGUGAAGACAUGAUGCGAUCAAAGCAUUUGAUCGGUUUGCUUCAUUCAUCAAGCUAUUGUGCAUUAAAGUCUGACCUUUAAAUGAGCGUGUGCUCCUUAUAAUAAUAUCCAACAAUAUUUCUCAGUUCCUUUCUUGUUCGAGCCGUGUUUCAAAACUAUUCAAGAAUUUUGGCCAAAUGUUUCUCACCCCAUUCCAGUUUUCAUUAAUGUUGUUUCUCUUUCACUUCUUCUCUCCAUCAGAUGAGUCCGAUGUCAAACUGGAUGUGAAAGAAAACCUGCGUGAGGACGAUAAAAAGGGGAGAAAGGAGCAGCUGCUGUGUGAAGUGCUCCAGUAUAAACCACGAUUGACUUUACUUUAAACACGUGAUGAAUUACAACUGCAAACAGAAAUUACACUUAAAGUGUUGUAAAUUAAAAUGACUCAUGAACAGUU